AUGAUCGUGGAACGCUAUACACCGAAGAUGAAGGAGUUCAAAAACAUGAAUAGGACUGAAAAGAGAAGAAUACAGGCAACUGAACGCAGGCAAACGCAGAGAACGGAUAGCAGAAAAACGAAGAGAACCGAGAAAAGAAUCCGUGAAAUCAAAACAUUGCCACCAUCGCCAGAUUACUUGAAAUACUUCUCCGAUGUCCGUCAAGAAAUCAUCGAUACACUCAUCUCUUCUGUAAAACCUCAACGCUAUGGACCAUUCGUGUGUGCUGGAUACACAAAAUCCGAGCCAUCGGCUGUCGAAAAACUACGCACCGAUCCAGCUAUCAGAAAUCGCCAGAGGCUGUUGGAACGUGAUCAAAAAGCGUUGCGAAUAAAUUACCUCCAGUAA